GGCGCGGGGGAGAGGCCGCGGUUGCCGGGGCGACACCGGAGGCGGCUGAGGGGAGAUCGGGACAGCUUAAUCAGCGAUGAGAAGUAGCAGCARCGCUUAGCAAUGGGUGAUGUUUUAGCGUACGAAGCUGAGCUACUUGGACUAGUGAAAGAGUAUUUGGAUUUUGCAGGAUUUCAAGAAACAGUGAAAGUACUCAAAAAGGAGUGUAAAAUAAAAGGGAAGCCAUURCGUAAACCAGGAGAUAGUUCCUCRAAAGAAUCAUUGCCUGUUCAGGAAGAUCUGCUCACAGCAUUUGAAAAUGGYGAUCAGAAAGUUUUCUUCCAGCUCUGGGAGGACCAUAUUUUGUCUUCAGUCCAUGACAGUGAUCAAGUUGUUCAGAACCUCGAGUUCUAUCUCCACAUAUACUUUGCCACCUUCCUCUUGAAACAAACUAUGGGAAAGCCUGACAAAGCUGAACUUGAGGAAAGGAUUUCUCAUUUUAAGGCAUACCUGGAAACAAAAGGAGCUGCACUGAGCCAGACUACAGAGUUUCUUCCCUUCUAUGCUUUGCCUUUUGUUCCAGACCCCAUGGUACAUCCUUCAUUUAAAGAACUUUUCCAGGAUUCUUGGACAUUGGAUUUAAGGACAAGAUUGGAAAAGUUCCUGUCUGUGACUCUGAGAGCCAGACAGACUCCACGGCUUCUCACUAUAUUUAAGGAGAGUGGACAAUACAACAAAGAAAUGAUGCAACAUCUUCAUCAACAGUUAGUGCAGUCUGAGCACAAAUAUAUGACCUACCUGAAACGAUUUAACAAAUUGCAGGUGGACUACCAUAAUCUCCUUGGAGUCACUGCAGAGCUGGUGGAUUCUUUGGAGGCCACAAUCAAUGGCAAGAUGAUCACACCAGAGUAUCUUCAAAGUGCUUGUGUUUGCUUGUUUAGCAAUCAGAUGAARCAAUCUGUAGCACACAGCUUUGACUUCACGAGGCCUGGAAGUGGAUAUUACUCUAUGAGCCCUUGUGAUGACGGAUAUACUUCCACAUUGUUAAGAGCAUCUUUAGCCUCUGUGAAGAUGUACGAUGUGCCAUUGUUGCCUUCUUUGGAUUAUGAGAAGCUGAAGAAAGAUUUGGUUACAGGGAAUGAUCGUCUCAAGGCCUUCCUACUGCAGGCUCUGCGCUGGCGCUUGACAACAUCAUAUCCUGGAGAGCAGAGAGACACUGUCAUGCAAGCCUACAUCAGUAAUGACCUCCUAGACUGCCACAGCACCUGUCAGAGAAGCGUCCUGCAAUUAUUAUAUUCUAAGAGUGAGGUAGUCAGACAGUAUAUGGCAAGGCUCAUCAAUGCUUUUGCUUCACUGAUAGAAGGUCGUGGCUACCUUUCUCAGAACCCAACAGUGCUGCGAAUGCUGGAGGACAGACUGAAAGCUGAAGACAAGGAUUCGCUUACAUGGGAGAAUGUUCUGGGGGCUCUGCAGAAAUUCAGCCUCAGGCGUACACUGCAGACGGCAAUGAUCAAAGAUGGGCUCAUUUUCUGGCUGGUUGAUGUUCUAACAGACACAGAUUGCCUGUCUGAUUACACCCUGGAGUAUUGUGCUGCCUUGCUCAUGAAUCUUUGUCUGCGAAGUGCAGGGAAGGAAAUGUGUGCAAGGAUCCCAAACGACGUGCUCAAAGUUCUUUCUGAGCUUCUUGGCCAUGAGAAUCCUAAGAUCCAGUCAUAUGUGAAUGGAGUACUGUACAGUAUCCUGGCCAUCCCUUCUGUCCGAGAAGAAGCCAAAGCAAUGGGAAUGGAAGAAAUUCUGCGCUGCUUUAUCAAGGAAAGAAAUGAAGAGAUGGUUCGACAGAUGGAAUUUGUUAUCAAGCAACUCAAUUCAGAAGAGCCAUUCAAUAGUAUUGUGUCUGAGGAUGAAGAGGAAGAGGAGGAUGAGGAUGAGGACCGUGAUGUGCUGGAGCCUGAUCUGGAYAAAGAUGAGGUUUUGCUGCCACAGCUGGGAGAGCUUUCAGGAGAGAAACUGCUAACAACUGAGUACUUGGGAAUAAUGACUCACACUCCAAAAACUAAGAAGAAGCAAUUUGCUGGUGUCCGUCAGAGUAUAGAUGAGCCUCUCCAGAGACCUGUGACACCAGGUUAUCACCGAACAGCCUAUCUAAUGCCUGAGAACGAUGCCAGUUCUUGUCACGAUAGGGAUGAGAAGCUGCAGUCUCCACCGAGUGCUCAUUCUCCCAUUUGUGGUGGGAGCCAGUCCAGCAUUUCUGACCUCUGCAUUUCCCCUUCACGUAAGGAUGCAGUUGAACUGAAGUCAUCUGAAAUAUUCUCAUCAGGCCACAGAGUGGACCAACACAGCCCAGCAGUUGAUGCCUUGUCUUCUGGAUCUGCUGACUUYGCUGAGGACAAAGUAGAUGGUCAAUCACAUAGCGAGUUUGCCUCAGCCUUCACCAGCAAACCCAAGAUCCCUCGCACUCCUGAAGUGCACAGCACCAGCCCUAGRAAGGUCACAGGCAUUGCCCCCCAGUUCUCUCAGUCUGCACCCCAACAAAGCCAUCCCAGCUCUGCAGGAUCAUCCAACAGGAGUAGAUGGAGCAGACAGUCCUACAGGAAGUGAGAACAGUUCCUUUCCUCGAGAAUCACCUGUCACAUUGUGGAAGGACAGAGCCAGCUUCCUGUAAUGAGCUUUACUGGUGACCUGCAGAGGACAGUGAGGUCGUUGACAUCGCAGGCCUCGCACGGGGAUUCAGGAUUAUCUGAUGGGAUGUGUCUGUGGUCUCUAAAGCUGGCUAAGACAAGGGCCUUGUUAUUGCAAUUYGAGGUCUCAGCAGCAGCCCAGGACUGACAUGGGAGAUGGAUAUUCUCUGAUAGUUUACUCUGAAGUGACAUUGCCACCUUGAGAAGAAACUUUUGCYCUCUGCCUUCUGUGUCAGUAUAAAUGGCCUUUGGAGACAGGAUGUAGGGCUCAGCCCAGGAGUCUUAUGAAGAAAUUGUCUUUUUUACAUAUUGCUUGCUGAAGCAGCCAGCCAAUUGCUUUUUUUUAAAUUAUGCCUUUAUGACUGGGUUGGGAGAUACCUGUGUUCAAAGGAUCUGCAUGAGGAGGGACCAGUGGCUGCCACAUGUGCAGAGUGUUCGGGCCCAGAGCAGUCCUGUGUGGGGUGAGAUCUGUAUGGCCUCCAGACUGCAGAGGAGGUAUUUCAUAAACUUCUGGUUGACUUGUAGCAGAUGAAAAACACUGUUACAAUUCCCCAAGCAGCAUUCGUGCUCAUUUCUGGGGUCUUUAUCUGCAGCAAUUACUCCUAUUCCUUCUUUCUGUGUUCUUUUUCUUAAUUCAACUGUUUAACAUUUGUUGAAUGAAAAAUCUAUUUUUUCCCACUGGAAUGAAGAGUUUUCCUUCUUCAUUCAUAGAAGAAACCAUGAGAAUGUGAACAAAUCAGAAGCGACUUUCUCUUUUCAUGUAGCUGUGGUCCAUCUUCUUUGGCCUUUGUUGCUUUUUUAUGUUCUUCACUUUAUAGCAAUGACUGUUUAUGUCUUUAUGGAAUUUGUGCUGGUCUUUGGUGCAUAUGAAGUGCUAACUAGGCAAAAGAGAUCAGGAAUCCCUCCACUAAAUAAAAAGGCAGCAGUUAAUUCUGCCAGUGAAUUACAAAGCCARUGCUGUUUGUUGUUCUUUCUCUCAACAGUAACAGUGACCAGAAAACACUGAAGUCUUCAAUGGGGGAUGUCUUUUCAGUAACACCCCCUUGUGUGACAGCUGUUGGGACACAUAAAUGCAGUUUACAUUGGAACUUGGCUGCUGYUGAGGCAGAGAUGUACAAAAAGCAGGCAGUGUAUUUGCCAUAGUCAGAUUCAGAAACAAAUGCUUUAAUGUGUGUGAAAAGGUAAGGCUUGGUUUUGGGGUUUCACCUUGAGAACAAAUGAGUGGAACACAGCCUGAAAAGUAAAGCAACUCCCACAGUGACACUGCCUUCCCCUGAAGAGUUGUAAAGCCAUUUCCAUAGAGCCAGAAGAGAGUUUUGUGCUUCUGACAAGACCUGGAAUUGAAGCUCUUGCUCUGUGGUGGCAGCUGAAGAGCCAAGGCCACUGAUGUGAUUGCGUGAGACCCACUGAGAUCAGUGAUGCUGUGUCAGAUGUUUGCAAAAAGGGCUUCCACACACAGGUUCAGGAAACCCCUUUGGAUGGACUUUAAAUUGGAAUGGGAGUGUUUUGUACCUUAAAAUCCAGUGAAUUCAUGUGGAAGUUACAAUUCAAUACUCAGUGACAUGUGUCCAACACCAAGCAGGCAGAGUAUGGGCAUUGUAUUCCGAACUACACAGGACAUGAAGAGACUGUAGGCACUUGAUAGCCCCUGUCACACAGAUCCCCAUGGCAAAGAAGUCAGAGAAAAUACCUGACCCAUGCUUAGAUUCACCUGCCUCCUCUGAGAACAACUCAUAAACACAACUGGGAAUGGGAAAUGUCCUCUGGUUCACAAAAGGGCAGUUAUGGAAAACAGCCAUAAAAGCUUUCCAGGGCAGGCAGAAUUUCCUCUGAAAUUCUGUUUUUUUUCCAGUAUGUGACAUCAAUGGCCAAGCUKUUAACACUGACAUGCUAAGCAGUUCAUUUGCAUACAUGGACAACUCAGAAUGCUCCAGCAGCUGUUUUAUUCAUCUUACAGCCGUGCUGAGUUUCACGUAGCAGAUCGGAUUCUGUGAGAUGGAGAGCAGCUUUUGAAAAGUAUAGAGUGCAGACUUAUUUUUUUUGUGAGGGGGAACAACACCCCAAAAUUUCACUGAUUUUAUGAGUUGAGGUAAAAGCUUUAUCACCCCUUGUCAGACACCUGAAGGUGGUUGUUAGGCAUGGCUACUACUGCUCCAGCAUGUUAAGAUUCAUGAAAACCAAAAUGCAUAUUGCUGAGUUGGAUUGAAAGGAACAAACUCAAGUGUGUGUGCUUGUGUGUUUCUUACUCAGACUUCUUGCARUUCAGGACUCAAUAUGAACAGUUUCCCAUGCUCAACUCUUAGAUGUUCUGGCAUGUGAGUGUGGAGUUUUAAAUCCAAGACUAUUUUUGUAUUAAUGCAUGAGAGAUUUCCAAAUACCUGACAGAAACUAUGGAUGUACUCAGAAAUGUUCUCAGCUGAGCAGUCAUUUGAGAGGCCGAGGAAAUAACAUGUCCUCCUUUUCUCUGUCUUAUUCACAAAAAAAGCCCCUGUGAUGCCAGUCAGAAGAUUUGAAGCUAAUGAGAAAUGUCAGUUCUGCCUUUGUUCAUAGGACACSACUGCUGAGGGUGGAAAGGUCCCUGAAUGGAGGUCAGUAGCACACACAUGGCAAAUUCGGCACCUCGCUCUGAAAAGUUGCUGGGUGUCUUUUGUGUGUGCCACGAGGAGGCAGCUGCUAGAUUCAACACCCCCCUGAGGAAUUCAUAACCAAAGCAGUGGAAAUUGCUGUCCCGGUGGGAGGGGUGUGAUUGUAUUUAGAGUGACUGUAAUUUCUUUCACAAAAAGCAAAUACGGUUAUUGCAAAUGACACACAGAUCUGCAAGGGAAGUUUUUCCGGGACCAAAGUCCUGCGUGGUGCUACCAUGYCUUUUGGAUGUAACUUUUGUAUAUUCAGUGUAAUUUUGUUUAUGGACAGUUACUUGAGACUAAUUGCAUAAGUCUAUUYUAAAGUUUGCAUAGAGGGCUUAUUCUGUACAAGUGCUGUAUAAUUAUCCAUCAGCAAUGAGAUAAAAAUGCUCCUAAAGGGUUUUUUUCUUUCUCUUUUUG